AUGUAUUUGAAUAUCCUCGCUUUCAUCGCCAUCGCCGCCGCAUCUGCGAUUGAGGAACCUGCCCCAACGUACCUGGGCUGUUUCUCUAGCACCAGCAAGACCAUUUCUGCUGGUUUCGUGUCCCUCGGAACAUUCGAAUUCCAGAGCCUGGAGUAUUGCGGAAAUCUCUGCUAUACAUCCGGGUUCUCUGCUUUUGCCCUAACAAGCGGCAAUGAAUGCUCAUGUGGUUCUGCUCUUCCGCCGUCCAGUGAUUUGGUCGAUGCAUCGCAAUGCUCUCUGCCUUGUCAAGGAUACGCCAUGGAGACUUGCGGUGGCUCGGACGCACUGGACGUCUAUUCUAUAUAUGACGUCUCUUAUCCGACGGGGACCGCCUCGAUUACUGCUGGUAUUACGGCCGUUCCUACCACAUCGACAGGCUACGACUAUACGGCCCUGUUUUCGAGUAGCAAUGAGUGGUAUACGUCUGUCCCAGAUAGCAGCAGCAGUGUCAUCGAUACGACGAGCCAAACAGUCGAAGCUACAGCUGGGUCGGGCAUUUUGACUACCUCCACUGUUUCGCCUAGCAGUAGUAGUACCACGACUCCUGCAGCUACCACUACUAGUUUGCAUUCCUCAACCGCAAAUAUUGUCACCCCUUCAGCGAGUACGGUAACAUCAUCCGCCGAGUCACCGACCUACGUGGUUUGUAGCCUGUUUAAUUCACGUAUUGGAAUCAUGGAUGAUUUCGUAUUUCUGGUCUUCAAGACGGAAAUUCACCACGUCUGGACUCAAGGAAGAAUCCUGUAG